GAGUUCUUAUUUUCAGUAUUGAUACUUAACAUAAAUCUUUUUCUUUUUUUAUAAGAAACAUAACUUUUAUCAGAGGUUUCUUUAAUAUUUUAUAAGUUUGCAUAACUUGUACUGGGGAUGUAAGCCAAUUAAAUUUAUAUAGCUUCAUGUUACCUUGGAAAUGAAAUUAACCCAUUUUAUUAAGUGAAAUAUAUUUUCAAUAAUAGAAACAAAUAAUUAUAUUCAUUCAUUAUGUUAUCUUUAUUUUCAGAACCAUUCUUCUAAAACAGAAUUAACCUGUAUUAUAGGUAACUUAAACUGCUCUCUAGCUCUAAUUAGAAGCAUUAGAUGUCUGAUGUAUCCUCCAAUAUUAAUUCGUUGUUGCAAAUAUUUAAGCUACUUCUUAGGUUUUAGAGAUAGAAUACUUAUCAUCAGUUGAAGAAACCAUUCAUGAACAAUGUGGAAAUAAACAAAGGGUUUGUGGGACCUGGCAUGCUCACAGCAGUUGUGCCUGGAGAAAUUUUUACUUCACCCUCUUCUGAAGCUAUACUAAUGGCACUUCAUGCUGUAGGUUCAGGAAGUAAAUCUGGAACACUAAUUAUUGCAGCUAAUUACACUGGAGAUCGACUUAACUUUGGAUCAGCCAUGGAGAAAGCUAAGUUGGAUGGUUUGAAUGUAGAGAUGAUUGUUGUUGGUGAAGAUUGUGCUCUACAAAGCAGUGAUAAAAGUGCUGGUAGACGUGGACUGUGUGGCAUCGUUCUCAUGUUUAAGAUUGCAGGUGCUCUAGCAGAAGAAGGAAAGUCUUUGAAAGAGAUUUGUGAAAUAGUGAAGCAUGCUUCUGAAAAUUCAGGAACUAUCGGAAUCAGCCUUACACCUUGCAGCAUCCCAGGAAGUGAUUCGUCUUUUAGUCUUGGAUCUGAUGAGAUGGAAUUGGGUCUGGGAGUCCAUGGAGAAGCAGGUGUGAUGAGACUAAAGGUAAUGCCAGCACAGGAUGUUGUGAAAAAGAUGGUGGAUCACAUGACUAAUCCAGAAUCAGCAUCAAGGCUAGAUGUGAAAAAAGGUGAUUGUGUUGCAGUUGUAAUCAACAAUCUAGGGGGAACUUCUCGGAUGGAGAUGAACAUAGUUGCCAAAGAGACAAUUAGUUAUCUGGAAUUGAUGGGGUUGCUAGUGGAACGUGUUUAUGUUGGAACCCUGAUGACAUCCCUUGAGAUGGCAGGAGUGUCUAUAACAGUUCUGAAGGUAACUUCAUUUCUUCUUAAUUGUUUAGAUGCUCCUACUUCAGCUUAUGCUUGGCCAAACUGCUACUUACCAGUUGGAGCAAAGACACGGUUUACUCCAGAGCCCAUCAAGUUGUACUCACUGGCCUCAAAAGUUCCUGAUUUAGAAGCUGCAGGCCCUCAGAUUAGUCAGAAAGGGGAAGCAAUAAUCAGACAAGCUCUUAGUUUCUCAUGCUCAGCAUUGGUGUCUUGUGAAAAGCAGCUGAACUGUUUAGAUAGAGAAGGUGGGGAUGGUGACUGUGGAUCAACACUGUGUAAAGGAGCUCGGGCAAUACUGGACCUUCUAGAAAAGGGUCUUGAACUAUCCUAUCCUUCUCAGUUGCUUCUAACUCUUGGUAGUGUGGUAGAGAGAAGCAUGGGGGGAACAUCUGGAGCUAUUUAUAGCUUGUUCUUCACUGGUGCUGCCAAAGCUUUUAUUGAUCAGUGCACAGCUAACACUUGGUGUUAUGCAGUGGAACUUGGUAUGCAGGCUAUAAUGAAAUAUAGCGGAGCAGAACCUGGUGAUCGUACAAUGCUUGAUGCUCUAUCUGCUGCUCACAGGGCAUUGUCUGAAGAACUUCAGAGAAAUGGCAAUGAUAGUUUAGAAGAAUGCCUCACUGCCUUGAAAGGAGCAGCACAGGCAGCAGAAAAAGCAGCAGUGGCCACUGCAACGAUGAAAGCUAAAGCUGGAAGGGCAAGUUAUGUUAAUGCUGACAGAGUGAACACUCCAGAUCCAGGAGCACAUGCUGUGGGAAUAUGGAUGAGGGCUGUGUAUGAAGCUGUUAAACAGCAAAUCAGGUUGCGUACUUAAUCGUAGAAUAGUACAUGCCAUUUUUAGAUAUACAUUUUGUUAUUGUGAAUUUCAGAAAUAUGAUGAAAUAUUGCACUCUUUUAUUUUGUGCACUAUAGCUUGCAAAGAUGAUUAUAUAUUUUGAUAUAUUUUUUCUACUUUAAUAAGAUAUUUUAUGUUGAGUCAGCUCUCUAUGUCCUGAUGGAUGCAUUCCACCUCUAAGGCAAGAAAUGUCACUAUUAAAUUUAAAGAAUGAAAGAAAGUAAUAUUGUUGUAAUUCUUUCAUACAUUAAAAUAAAGUUGAAUUGAAAUGCA